CCUGCUCCUCGUGUGCAGCUCAACUCCAGCCCCAGCCAUCCCUGCUUGUGCAAGAGGGACCUUCCUCCCACGGGGCUGGGACAGGGGCCGGCCGGAGACACGGGGCAGAGCAGCUCUGGGGAGUUGAGCAUCACAGGGGAGUUCCCAGAGCAAGGAAUGCUCCUUGUGCAAGGGAUGGCACCCGUGCAAGGGACAUUCCGUGUGCCAGGCAGGCUCCUGGUGUCGGGGCCGAUCCCUGGCUGAGGGCUGUGAGCUCAGACACAUCUCCCAUCCUGGGAAUGGGGGGAUGCAGCCCUGGAUCCCAUCCGUGAGGGAUCUGUGUGCGCUUUGGGACAGCCCAGGCGCUGCUCACCUGCCCUGACCCAGCUCAUCCCUGGCUGCCAGGAGGAGCCCGAGGCUGCAGCCACACCCGAGGCAGGUUUGGGGCUGGUGCUGUGCUGGGAGGUGACACUGCCGGUGCGGUGAGGAAGCUGCACGGAGAUGCUGCCCACGGCACCCAGCGUGUCCCGGUGCCCACCUGGCCAAGGCGGGGGCGGGCAGAGCAUCCAGCCGGGAUCCUCUGGGCAAUGCUCCGCCCUGGGUGAACUUCGGGGAAGGGGCUGAACCCCUCGGCUGUGCCUGGGGGUCUCUGGGGUUACUGGGGAGGUUUCUGGCAGCAGCCAGCGCUGGGGAUGGGGGAUUUUGGGGGUGUGCUUUGUUCUGGCACCCUGGGGUGUCCGGACAGCGAUCCCCAGCGUUCAGGGAGAGCUCCCCGCUGGCUCGGCAGCGUCGGCAAGACAAAGCUGGCAGGCGCUGGCAGCAGGAGGAGGGGAUGGGGCUGCCGGGAACUCGGGCGCUUUUCCAGCAAUGCCCCGCCCACGGGUGAGCUGCCCACGGGUGAACCGCCCACAGGUGAGCUGCCCACAGGUGAGCUGCCCACGGGUGAGCCGCCCACAGGUGAGCUGCCCACGGGUGAACCGCCCACAGGUGAACCACCCUCAGGUGAGCUGCCCACAGGUGAACCGCCCACGGGUGAACCACCCACGGGUGAGCUGCCCACAGGUGAACCACCCACAGGUGAGCUGCCCACAGGUGAACCACCCUCAGGUGAGCUGCCCACGGGUGAACCACCCACAGGUGAGCUGCCCACAGGUGACCCACCCUCGGGUGAGCCUCCCACGUGUGAGCUGCCCACAGGUGAAGCACCCACGUGUGAACCACCCUCAGGUGAGCUGGCCACAGGUGAGCCGCCCCCGGGUGAGCUGCUAAGUGUGAACCACCCACGUGAAAAAACUGGCGUGGAAAAACUCGCAUGAAAAAACUCGUGUGGGUUCCCCAUGAGUGCAAAAAACUCGCGUGCGUUUCCAACGUGUGGAAAAAAUCUCGCGUGAAAAAAAACUCGCGUGGAAAAAACACGCAUGGAAAAAA